AUGCAGAGAGAAAUCUUCAGCGACUACAAUUUUGUCGGGUCACUCUACCCCUCAAGUUUCCCGUCAAAUCAGUCGCCCUUACUCGACUACGUGACAGGCGAUUCCAAUUUUUCUUCCAGCAUUAUCAAUUCUCAGCCGAAUGAUGAUGACAUGUUACUGAGUUCAUGCUUGCCUCGCUCUCAUCAAAUUCAGCUGCAGCAUCAGGACCUGAUCGACCAGCACCACACUGUGUUCUCCCACCUCCAAAAGACAGCAAAGCAAGUUCAGUCCCUUCGUCAGGACAAUGUCAACCUCAAAAUGGCGAACAUUGACUUGAACCACCGCCUGAAUUUGUUGCUCAGUUCCACUUCAUCAUUUGGUCUGUCGGGUCUGGAUCGAGGUUCAAGUUCGGGUUGGGAUCCUGUUGUGGAUGGGUUACGGAAGAUGAGUUUUGGUGGUGAAGAUGGACCAGGUGAAAAAGAGGAGUGGGAGAAUGAAGUGACGGCGGCAUUCUCUGAAGGUCAUAGUGAGAGUCCCAAGAGUGUGGUGGAUUUGGGUCGGGUUGGAGGGAGGGGGGAAGAGCGAGUUUCAUUGCCAAAAAGUAUUUCAGUUCGGUCCAGUGGAUAUCUGAAGACAGUUCGUGCUGUUGGGAUGAGCAAUGGAGGAGGUCAGGUUAAAGCGCAGGACCGGAGCAAGACGCAAAGAGUGUAUGUGAAUAGAGGGAAGAAAGCAGAGGAAGCACUUGAACUGGAGGUGUAUAAUCAGGGCAUGCUCAAGACUGAGCUUUGCAACAAAUGGCAACAGACAGGUGCGUGCCCGUAUGGAGAUCAGUGCCAGUUUGCUCAUGGCAUCAAGGAGCUCCGCCCAGUCCUUCGUCACCCUCGCUACAAGACCGAGGUGUGCCGCAUGGUCCUCAAUGGUGAUCAUUGCCCCUAUGGUCACCGCUGCCACUUCCGCCAUUCCCUCACUGACCAGGAGAAAUUAAUGAGGUCAAUGAAUAACAGGUUACUCAAGCCUCGGUAA